AUGAUAAAGCCUAGCGCAUAUCCUGUUGGUUUGCAAUUCUACCACAACAUCGGAAAGUCAAGGUGCAGGCAGCUGGUCUGGAAUCUGUGCUUCCACCAACGCUCAAUUCACAACUCCAGUCGCCGCUUAAUAAACGAAGGUAAGAAGGGUGGCAUUGGCAAGACCGACGCAGAAAGGCGGCUCGAAAAGCAAGCCAAGUUUCAAGACUUGUCAGAUGCUUUCGAGGAAUCAAGGCACAUCCACAUGAAAGAAUCUGAAACUGAACAGAAUGACACUUUACACCUAGGUUCCAUGCUUUAUCGAGAAGCAGGUCACACUCACUCACAUGCUUCAAGUCAAAGCAACCCACUACUGAAAAUGAGUCGAAAAGAAUUUAAAAAGAACCCUGGCGUGAGAAUUACGUGGAUCGGCCUGUGGAUUAAUGUCGGCUUGGCGCUUGGAAAAUUCGCCGGCGCUAUCAUGUUUCACUCACAGGCGUUGAUAGCAGACUCCGUACAUGCACUGUCUGAUUUGGUCUCAGACUUUUUAACUUUAGCAUCUGUGAAGCUGUCUUCAAAACAACCAACUGCUGAAUAUCCUGGAGGCUAUGGUAAAAUUGAAACCCUAGGCUCUCUCUCAGUAUCUGCAAUUUUGGCCUUCGCAGGACUUUCUAUUGGUUGGAGCUCGCUUUGUGCUAUCGCUGCUCCAUUACUUCCCCACGCUGUGCUGGAUGUUGUUUCUACUUUUUCCCACUCUCAUUCACACGGUGGACCAACCGAUGUCGCUAACAUUAAUGCUGCAUGGAUAGCGGGUGGGUCAAUUAUCAUAAAAGAAUGGAUUUUUAACGCUACCAAGAAAGUUGCAAUUGAGACAAACUCUAAUGUACUCCUUGCUAACGCCUGGCACCACCGAGUUGACUCUUUGACUUCAUUGGUGGCGCUUGUUACUAUUUCUUCUGGAUACUUUUUCAAUAUUCAAUCUCUGGACGCAGUUGGUGGUCUUUUAGUUUCUGCACUGGUUGUGAAGACUGGAGCCGAUGGCAUGAUAGGUGCUAUGAAGGAGCUAGUUGAUCGAGCGGUGGCUGGUGAUGAUCCUCGCUACGUUACAGUGAAAGAUAACACACAGGAGAUUUUGCGUAAACUGAUUUCUAAUAACAACGCAAAAAAACCCUACGGGCUUAAGAACCUGACAGUUUUGUCUUCAGGUCCCGAAAUGCAUGCUAAGAUGACCCUGGAAGUUCCGCUACAGAGAUGGGAGAACGUUUUGACUAUUAAAGAAUUUGAAAUUGUGACAGACCAUUUGCGUAAAACAUUGCGGGAAAAUAUACCAACUUUACGCAAUAUUGACAUAGAUUACGUUGAAGAGAGACCACCUCUUUCGCCUGAACAAUUGAAGGAAAUUGAGAAUCAGAAGAAGUUGGGUCAGUUUCCUACACCUCAGAACGAGUCAGCGAGCGAUGGUCCGCUCCCCAGCGGGCACACUCAUUCCCACUUUGGGCUUGGAAGUGGCCAUACACACAAGCAUUAG